AAGAGAGAGAGAGAAAAACAUAAACAAACAAAAUGAUGAUGAUGAUGAGGUAUCAUCAUCAUCAUCAUCAGGUAAAUCUAGGAGAAAGAAAGAUAAAAGUAAGAAAACUAAAUGGUGGUUAUACUCCCCUUCAUCUUGCAGCGAUUCAUAAUCAUGAAAAUAUCAUGGAACUUUUGAAAAUCUAUGGAGCCGAUACUUCACUUCGAGAUCAUUCCGGUAAACUGGCUGAACAAUAUACGACCAUUCGUAGUCCACUUCGAAGUUCAAAUAGUAACAAUUCCAGUGGAUCGUUACGAUCAAAAGCCAGUAACGGAUCAUUAAAUGGGUCUCAACUUAAACACAGUUCCAGUUCAUCUCAUAGUCACACCAAACUAUCAGAUAAAGGUCGUUCCGAAUCAUCAUCAUCUUCAUCAUCAGCAUUCAUAAGAAUUGGAUCAUUAAAUAAGAUGCGGAAAACUGCGGCAGCAAUUAAAGGAAUUAAAAGUUGGGGAUCAGCUGAAUCAGUUUCCGAUUCUAAUACGAUGCCACCGCCAAAGAGUUCAUCCAAAAAGAAGCGAAGUAAAAAAACUUUGAGCACACCACCAAUGGAUAAAAUUGUUUCCGGUUCAAAAGAUUCCGAUUCUGAUAGUGCUUAUGGCUUUUAGCUGAUAACCUUGAACCUGCAAAUAAGAUUACGGAUACAAGAUGAAUCCCAUGGAUCUCUAUUAAUCUUGAUCAUCUUCAUGUACUUAUGGCUUCAGGAUCUGUUGGUCUCUUGAGGAUUGUGUCCGAUUACCUUAAAAUAGCAUCAAACUUAUGGUUUACUUUUAACGAAAAGGAAAACGAUGAAAGUGAUGACCAUCAUGAUGGCGAUAGAAAGAGAUGAUAACUUUUGUUUUCCUGUUAUUAUCCAUAUAUAUAUAUACACAAACUCUCUCAAUCAUCUUUUACCUAAUUUUUUUUGUUCUCUUUCCUUAAAUUUUAAGAAUUUCUCUUCUCUUUUUCAGUAUUUUGUUUACCUGAGAGAGAGAGAAAGUAAAAGAUGAUCCGGAUGAUGUUGCAAAUACAUUCCUUAUUUUUAAUCUUCUCGCAAAAAACUUUCACCUCAAAAAUUUUCUUUGUUGUUUAGGUCACAACAGUUCGAACCUCGAACUUGUCUUCUAAACAUUAAUAACCUAUUCGUCUUAAGCCAAUUAUCACAUUCCCUCCUUUUCACUCCUACCUUGUCAUACUUAAGACUUUCAUCAUCUCAUCGACUCUCUCUCUCUCUCUCUCUCUCUUUGAUUUCUUUUUCGAAAACAAAAAUCUUGAGAAACUUUUCUCUAUAUACUUACAUAUAGAGAUGAUGAAUUGGGGAAAAACUUGAAAGCAAAAAAAAAAUAUUCUUAUUCCGUCCGAUUUUUAAAUAACUCUCCAAGAGUUUUGUCAUCAUCUUCAUCCUUCUCACUCUCUCUCCUUUUCACCACAUCCCCUCCUCCUCCUCCUCAUCCUCAUCUUCCUCCUUCCUUCUUAAUCUGACAACUUCUUAAUACUUUUGUAAGUCAACCCAAGAUAACAACAACAAUCUCAUCCUAAUCUGUCCAUGAAGACAAAUGAUUGGAAACAAUAAUUCAAUCAAUUCAAUACAUAUAAUGAUUAUCAUCCUCCUCUAUCAUCAUCAUCAUCAACAACAACAACAAUAAUCCAGAGUUCAACUCUCAGCUUGAUUGUUUACCAAUCAUUUGUCUUACCUAAAGUAUUAUCAUUGAUAUAAUCCAGCGUCAAAAAGAUUCAAAUUGAAAAGGGUCAUCUCUUUAUCCUCUGUUAAUCAAUCCAGUUAAUCCAGUAUGUAAAUUGUUUAUCAUUUAUUACUUAUGAAUUGAGAUGAUAUUAAAUGAUUAUCAUUAAAAUGAAUAGAAACACAUGGUUAAUAUACAGAAUUGUAUAUAUAAUAUGAAGAUGGAUAUUGUUUCCAUAAUCAAGAACAAUCAAUUUUGACAAUCGCUAAUUUGUUAUCAUAACAAGAGCUACACAACAACAACAACAACAACAACAACAGGAUCAACAAAGGGAUAAACGGAAAAACAGAAAGCUGAAGAUGAUAAUGAUGAUAAGAAAGAGAGAAAGAAAGUAAAUGGAAAGGAGGAUUAUCUCCAUUGACUCGAUCGUCAAUAUCAUCUUUUAGUACCCUUCAAUUGUCCGUUUAAAUCUCUAUGUAUAUUUAUCAUUAAGAAUUUCUCCCAAAGGAGUUGUUGAUGAUGAUGAAAGAGAAAGACACAGAAAGAGAAUGGAAAGAUUUUCUCUCAUUCUCUCUCACAUGUUCAUCUUUGUCAUUAUCUUCCUCCAUCCCUAUCACAGGUAUUUGUUUCCUUUUACAUUCCACUUUUACCUUAUAUUAUAUAUUCAUCUUUUAUUAUCUUUAUCUUCUUCUUUGUCUCAUCUUCCACCCACUUUUACCUCAUCUUCAUCUUCAUCUUCCAGUUCUCUUUCUCUUUCUUUUUCUUCAUUUUCACUUUGUCAUCCUCAUUGCACCCGAAAAGCCCUUAAUCUCUAUGUGUUUAUUGUACUUAACUGAUGAUGAUGAUGAUGAUUAUGUUACCUUUAUCAUCCUCAUCACCAUUAAGCAUAUGCUUUUUGAUUUGUUUCACUCUUUUAAUAUUUUUUACUUUUCUCAUUAAACUUGAUCAUCUACAAUCAUAAAA